GAAAUCCAAUCCGAUCCAUUCAAGAUGGCGCCGUUCACUAAUCGCCUGCAUUAUCAUGCUUAACUGCACCGUGCAUCGUGUGCAUGCAACCUUUUUCCCUGUCUGAAUUUUUGAAGAGAGUUAAAAAAAGACUAGGCAAGUCGCUAUUCCACAGCACAUCGCGACGAAGUGGCCAGAAGGCACAAUGGAGGACAACGAAGAAGACACGCAUUUGUGCCUUCGGUGCAGCGCAACCAUUUCGGGACUGAAGAACUACAUCGCUCACCGUAAACACAACUGUUCGAAAACUGCGCGUGAUAACAAUGCUAUCGCGCCAGUGGCUUCUCCAAUUCCCGAGCAGCACUACGAGCCGUCCGCCUUGCGAGCAGACGACUUCUUCUCUUCGCUGGAGCUACAGAGCAUCCAGGCAGUCGUCCCAAGCGAUGCCCACUGCUCCUCUGCGGCGAACAAGUCCAGCCAAGCUGAUGACGACCUGGAAGAGGCCGAGGACAGCGACAGCGACCUGUACCCGCCGAUCUCCCACACAGGAGGCAAGUGGAAGCCAGGCUGUCGACCAGACGGCCGUUCUCAAUGGAAGACCACGCUCUUCCCCGCUGAACAUUCAUACGAGUCAAGGGAGCCAAGUUGCACCAUCAAAGAAUUUUUGUGCGUGCCAUGUAAGCGGCUAUACCGCAGCAAGUCCCAGUUUUCAAGGCACCAGCAGACUUCGUACCAUUUGAAGAGAGCAGGCGGAGCACCAGCAUCUCAAGUGAGGACUAGCAAGAGACUGGUAUCCUCAUUGUUUGCUGCUAACCAUAGUAAAAUUGCAGCAAGGUCACAUGUGCAAGGCGCCAAAAUGAAGACGCACAAGACCACUAAGAGGUCUGACGAGGCACUCGCUUUCAGCUGCCUUACCUGCAACGAGAACUCAUCGGUGCGAGAACAUCUCAAAGAUGGUGCAAAAGCAAAAAAUUCCCAAAACAAAACCUUGUCUCAAUCUAAACAGCAGUGUCACGUCUGUGGCUACCGGUGCCACGGUAGUAGUACGCUAAACUUCCAUAUGUGUAAGCCAAAGCAGCAUGAUGGCAGGUACACAGGCAUACCCUCAUCAGGUGCACAACCAGCAAAUAACUCCAGCACCAACAUGAAAGAUAGUGCUUGCACAAACAGUGCAAAAGAAAAGGAACUGCAGAUCCAGAACACAGCCUGUAAAAUCAAUUCUUCACCUAACAUGGAGCAGAAUCUCGAUGAAAAUCAGUGUGGUGCUUCUGAUUCGGGACUUAAUUAUAAGGCUUCCGAAAUAUUGGUCCAGAGCGAGACAGUGGUCUCGUGCAAGGGGUCAACAAAGGGCACGUGCAAUGGCGUCACGAGGUUGUCCUGCCCCUACUGUCAGCAGCUUGUCAGUAAAUCCUACUUUAAACUCCACGUGAACAAGCACACUGGUGCCAAACCCUUUUCCUGCCGCUUGUGUGGAAGAGCCUUUGCACACCGAAGCACCCUCAGCACGCACAUGAAGCACCAUCAGGGGAUACGCAAGUUUCAGUGCCCACAAUGCGACUUCCGUGCAAUACGAGGCAGUAUGCUGCGUCGCCACGAGCUGGCGGUGCAUCAACACACGCAGAGCGCGCAAACCUAUUCCUGCGAUGCCUGCAGUACUAAGCACUCCAGCAGGGAGUCACUCAGGCGCCACAGUGCAAGGCAUAAUGCGGAAUACGCCUGCAGCGUGACCGAUUGUGGGCGAACCUUCCAGAAUGCCUCGGGACUCAAACAACAUUCUCUGACACACAGCGGCACACCCCCGUACCUAUGCGAAGCCUGUGGACACAUGACCAAAAGUGCGCACCACCUUGUGAAACACCAGCGGCGGCACAACGGGGAACGCCCCUUCAAAUGUCCACACUGCGACUACAGAGCCUCGCGAAACAGCCAGCUACAUCGGCACAGCCGUAUUCACACGGGGCUCAAGCCAUAUAGUUGUCCGUACUGCAGCUACCAGUGCAAUAACCAAGAGAACAUUCGCAAGCACAUCCUCAAGACCAAGAAGCAUGUGGGUAAAAAGAUGUACCCUUGCUCCCAUUGUAAUUUCAGCUGCAAUGACUUCAUUGGCUACAGGGACCACAUUCGUCAGAAUCAUCGGCAGGACUGUGAUGGCGAAGAUGUGAGUGACCCACUGGUUGGUGCCAAGGACACUGUGACGCGAGAACAGUCGGGCUCGUUCAACUUGGAGGUCGGUGAUGGCGGAUGUGACGCACAAGGACCCAGAGAGACUGCCGUUGCUAAAAGCCCAGCUCUGCCGGAGCCAGCAGUUUUCCUCACCAUUUCAGGAUUAAGCGAGCCUGGCUCGGAUACGAGGUCUGCGACGGCAUCGAGAAUUGCUCUCUUGACUGAGAAAACCAGCCUCCCUGGAGGUUCUGGUGAGUUAGUGACCUGUGCUGAGAAUGACUUGACAGAUACAACUGAGGGCAUACUGCUGCCAGGAGGCCUGGAUGGUGAUCUCAAUGAUCAACUAAGUGAACAAGUUAACUUCUCGGGCCUGGAUUCUCAAGAUAUGGUGUAUGUUUUGGCUGAGUCAGAACAGUGAUUUGUUUCUAAGUGGUUUGUUGCUAGAAUAAAUUAAGACUGUUGAUUUGUACACAAUUUGAUAGUUUUUGCAAGUCAUGCUUGGCUGUGAAUAUUAAAGCACGUUUGAGGUACUAGGUGUAUUACACUUCCAUCAAGGUCGCCGGUGGAUUACCUUGUACAUUGGUUAAGAACAGGUGUCAUUAAUAGUUCAUUAUUGCAGAUAGUAGUAAAGAGCUAUUUUAGUGAACAUACUUUACUAACUAAAGGAUAAUGAAACAAUGUCAUUGUCUCGUUGUCUUUGGUUCAUAAAAUCUAACCAGUCCCCAGUCUUCUGGACAGACUCCUUGGGCAUUGCAACUGCGAUAAAAUAAAACCUACAUAUAUGAGUUUUUUCCCGAA